AUGGAUUCGAAUACUACGACACAUGGGCGUACCAAUGGCACUACUGAUGGAACUCGCGUAGAAAUGGGCGAUAUGCCGAAGAAAGAAGCAAUUGUGAAAGGAGAGAUAACCCACGAAAAGUUGGACUACGAACCAACGAGCUGGUUUGAGGUGACGCUGUCCAAAGUUGGUGGCUCUGCAGAAGAUUUCGUCAAGAAAAACAGUUCAGCAAUGAAGACGAUCACCAUAUUUGUACUUAAUGGCUUAGUAAUUGGAUUUUUCUUUGGAUGUCUAUACUACUGGUUAAAUUAUAGUAACGAGCCUUUGGAGCUGUGCAAUGGGUUCGGUAGCUUGAUUGCCUUAUUGAGUAUAAUAUACUUUUUCGUGAUAUACUUCCAAGUGGUGAAGAGGUACUUCGGCAAGUGGUUCGAGAGCAACGUAUGGACGAGAGUGGAGGAUUUAGCUGAAAACCUUUGGAAAUUUGUGUUGUUUCGUUGGUGUUUCUCGUUGGUGAUACUGGCCGCCAUAGGACUGUUCCUCUACUUUGACACAAAGGACUCUCCAGAACGACUGAUCUCACUUCUUGGUCUCAUUGUCAUUUUGUUAUUAGGUUUCGUGUUUUCCUCCAGUCCUGGACGUAUCAAAUGGCGGACAGUUAGCAUGGGGCUUCUCUUACAAUUCAUUUUUGGAUUAAUCUUCAUCAGAUGGGACUCAGGCAGGCUCGCCCUUCAAUGUUUCUCCGAUAAGGUGGCAACAUUCUUGUCGUAUGGUGUAGAUGGCGGCGCUUUCGUUUUCGGAGAACUUCUAGUCAGGACCGAAGGAGUUUUCGCAUUCAGUACGUUGCCAGUUAUCUUCUUCUUCAGCAUGUUAGUGGAAGUGCUGUUCUUCUGGGGUGCUCUUCAAUGGUUCUGCUUGAAGCUGGGACAUAUGCUGCGUGUGGCGACUUCUACAACAGUCUGCGAGAGCGUCAUAGCUGUAGCUAACGUGUUUUUAGGCCAGUCAGAGUCAGUGUUGAUUAUUAAGCCGUACCUCUCGCUGCUCACUCCUUCGGAGAUACACGUCGUGAUGGCCUCAGGCUUCGCAACGGUCUCUGGUACGAUCCUAGCGGCAUACAUCGCGUUCGGCGCGGAGCCGGCGCACCUGGUGACGGCGAGCGUGAUGUCGGCGCCCGCCGCGCUCUGCCUCGCCAAGCUCGUGCUGCCCGAGACGCGCCGCUCGCUCACCACCGUUCACAACAUACAGCCCGUGCAAACCGAAGACCAAUCGACCUUGUCAGCAGCAACGCGAGGAGCGACAAACGGAAUCAGUUUAGUCCUGAACAUUAUAGCUAAUCUGGUGGCCUUCGUGGCCUUCGUCGCCUUCAUAAACGGCGUGUUGGGUUACUGCGGCGGCUUGCUCGGGAACCCGGAUAUCAACCUGGAGUGGAUCUUCGGAAAGAUCUUCAUACCGCUUUGCUGGUUAAUGGGGGUCCCGUGGGAAGAAUGUGAGCAUGUUGGAACUUUGGUGGGACUAAAGACUGUGGUGAACGAAUUUGUCGCCUACCAACGCAUGGGGGAAAUGAAGAAUGCCGGUCUACUUUCGUCCCGAGGUGAGCUGAUCGCUACGUACGCGCUGUGCGGCUUCACCAACCCCGCGUCUGCGGGCAUCAUGAUCGGUGCCAUCUCAGCCAUGGCGCCCAACCAAAGAGAGACUUUAUCGAGCGUCGCUAUCAGAGCAUUCUUCACUGGAUGCGGCAUUUGCUUCAUGACGGCCUGCAUAGCAGGUCUACUUAUGCCAGAGGAUUCUUUCGGUUAA